UUAUUGAUAUUAGUUAAUAGAGAAAUGUCAAAGAGGUUUGAUGCAUAUGGUAUGGCGAUUAAAGACGCCCUUAACAUCUUAAUGACUCUUAGGAGAUUCCCUUCACAGAUUGUCGAAAAGCAAACACAUCCUGAAGUCGAGUUCCAAGACAACAAAGACCUCCUCAUGAAGCCUUUCGUCAUUGCCCGGAGCGAAAAAGAUAUGUGCUACAUCGAGACCUCGGUCAACUCGAUCCGAAUUUCUCUGAAAGUCAAGAAGUCCUCGGACACCGAAGAGCUGCUUGUGCACUUGUUCGAACGCUUCAUUGCACUGAGAGCAGACCGGUUCGGUAUCAUCAGGAAGAAGCCGGCCAUCGAAGGGUACGAUUUCUCAUUCCUGAUCACAGAUGAACACCUGGAGAAGUACAAGAAGGAAGAAAUCAUCAACUUCAUUUUGGAAUUUAUAUUGGGGAUUGAGAAGGAAAUCAGCGACAUGAGGAUGAUGAUACACACCAGACUCAGAGUAGCUUCUGGGUUCUUUGUUAAAUCAGUCUCACAAGGAUUGAAAUAGAUUAUUAUGAGGAAAUAAAGGUUUCUGUUGUUUGCUUUACUUUCAAUUUUA